AGACUGUACUCAUAUAAGCAUGUCAGCCUCGUAGUGGAAGGCGGGGCGCCAGGGCGGUGGCAGAAUUGAAUUCCGCGGAGAGCGAGGGCGGAAUAAAUAUGCGGCGAUGACUCAAUUUCAUGUGCAUCCAUUGCAAACGAAAGACAAAAAUGAUAGAAAAAACAAGAAUGAUUACAGUUGGCGUGUUAGCAUUACAGGGCGCAUUUUAUGAGCACAUACAACUCCUGAAAAAGGCGGCAAAUAUCUUAUCGCAAUCAGAAAACGGCUCUUCUGCACAAUGGCAAUUUAUAGAGGUACGAACGAAAGCUCAGCUGGACAGCUGUGACGCUCUCGUUUUGCCUGGAGGCGAGAGCACGACUAUUUCGCUCGUGGCAGCUAGUUCAGAUCUGCUGGAACCGCUGAGAGAUUUUGUGAAGCUACAUCGGCGACCAACAUGGGGCACUUGCGCCGGCCUGAUUCUUCUCGCUGAAUCCGCGAACCGCACAAAGAAAGGUGGACAAGAGCUUAUUGGAGGCAUCGAUGUCAGGGUCAAUCGCAAUCACUUUGGUCGACAAGCGGAAAGUUUUCAGGCGCCCUUGGAACUGCCGUUUCUCCCUCCCUCUGAUCCAUCGCCAUUCAACGGGGUUUUCAUCAGGGCCCCUGUAGUCGAGAAAAUCUUGCCAUCUCAGGAGGGAAUACAAAUCGCAGAAAGCCGACGUGACGAGACGGUGGUAGCACCAUCACGGGCAGCCGCAGAACAAGCAGUGGAAGUACUAGCGAAGCUACCAGGCAGAACAGCUCGAUUGGUGGCUAAGACUGGGGUAAAUAUAGACGCCGAGAAGGAGGCCGAGGACAUCAUUGCAGUCAAGCAAGGUAAUGUUUUUGGCACCAGCUUUCACCCAGAGUUGACAGAUGAUCCUCGAAUUCAUUUGUGGUGGCUGCGCCAGGUACAAGAUGCCGUGAAACAGACACGCGAGAGUGGUUAAAGAUUCAGCAACAGGGUGAUGACACGAUCAUUAGAAUUCAGCUCGUAUGGGUAUUGAAUAUGUGACUGAUAUCGGAUUCUCCAAACGCCGGUGUAUAUUGUACAAUAUCAAACCUCCUACCUUCCCCUUCCAUAUUCUUCUUCCUCUCGUCUACGCUGGUCUGCCAUUGAUCUACCGUAUCCGCCACGCCCUGGGUCGUAUUCCUCGCGGUAUUCGUCUCGUACUUGACCGCCAGAUUUUCCACGUCUAGCAUAUAGUUAGCUUAGAUUCCGAACAAUAGCGCUUCAUUAAUUACCCGUAUUGACGACCUUCCUGGAA